AAUGUGGUGUUAGCUUUAGGGGCCCCCUUGCUCAGGMUGUGGAUCUCAUAAACAUMAUAAAAACGUUAUUAUGUCGAUGCUGGAUAWACRUACCUUACCUAGUUCCCAUUUUCAAAGAUUAUAUUCUCUUCAAAAACUACAAUCCCAUGAUGCMUUGCGCGCUUGGCUGUAUUUCUUGUCGACGUGGGAAGGGAGGGAUUCUGACACAAACAAAUGUCUCUGGUUCCUCUGUUUGCGGCUUCUUACGGGGGACCGUGACAUGUCAGGUGGAUUUACAUGAGAACUCCGUCACGUUGGAAACAUGUGGCUCAAACCUGAUGAAAUUCUGCUGAAGAACGCCUUCAAACUGUGGGUCACCGAGAAGGAUAAUGAGUAUUUCGUACUGCAAAGGAGACGGGGGUACGGAGAAGGAGGCGGCGGGCUGACAGGGCUGCUUGUGGGAACUCUGGACACUGUGUUGGACUCGACAUCCAAAGUUGCUCCUUAUCGCAUUUUGCACCACACACCAGAUUCACAGGUCUACUGGUCCAUAGCAUGUGGGGUCACCAAAGAAGAAAUCGAUCAGCACUGGGAUUGGCUGCAGCAGAACAUCAUGAGGACACUCUCUGUGUUUGACUCCACUGAAGACAUCACCAGCUUCGUACAGGGGAAGAUUAGAGGCCUUAUUGCUGAAGAAGGGAAGACCUCUCUGGUGCUGGAGGACGAUCCAGAGAAAUUCAGAGAAGCCCUUUUGAGGUUUGAGAAGUGGUUCGAGCUGCCCGCCCAGGAAAAGCUGGUCACAUAUUACUCAUGCAGCUACUGGAAAGGCAAAGUCCCCUGCCAGGGCUGGCUCUACCUCAGCACAAAUUUUCUGUGCUUUUACUCGUACCUUCUGGGAGUUGAGGUCAAACUGAUCAUCUCCUGGGACGAGAUCUGGAGGCUGGAGAAAACGUCGAAUGUUAUCCUGACUGAGAGCAUCCAUGUUUUGGCUCAUGGGGAGGAUCAUUAUUUCUCCAUGCUGCUGCAUCUCAAUGAGACGUUUGUCAUCAUGGAGCAGCUCGCUAACUACUCCAUCAAGCGUCUGUUUGAUAAAGAGGCUUUCCAGGGACAGCCUGCUCUCUUUGACCCACUUCAGAUUACCAAGAGAGGCCUUGAAGCUCAUGCAAAAAGUGAGCAAUUCCGGGCGUUUUUCAGGCUUCCCAAAGAGGAAAACCUAUUAGAAGUGCACGAGAGCUUCCUGUGGGUGCCAUUCAGUCAUUUCAAUACGCUUGGCAAGAUCUGCCUGUCCGAGAACUACCUUUGUUUUGCCAGCCAGGACGGCAGCCAAUGUCACAUCAUCAUUCCAAUGCGAGAGGUCAUUAAUGUCGAGAAGCCCGAUUCCAGCAGCCGGGCUUUGACGGUAUGUGUGCGUGGCAAGAGAGCGUUGCGUUUCUCUGAGGUGCGGGACUACCAGCGGCUCGCUAACACGAUCCGCAGCAGAUGUGGGAUCAGUGCCAGCCCACAGCACUCGGCUUCAUCAGAGGCCAUACGAGGCGAAUGCCAGUCCCUCAUAAAUCACUUUGAGGACAAUCCGGAGGAUGUGACUCUCAUGGUGGGACAGAAAGACACCAGCAAGGCUGUGAGCACCGAGGCCCUCAUGACCGUCUUUCACCCUCAAGACGUUGAAAACCUCGAUCCCAAAAUGCUGAAAGAGAAGAUGAAGGAGCAGUCUUGGAACAUCCAUUUCUCUGAAUACGGACGUGGGACCAGCAUGUUUUUCACCAAGAAGACACGAGACCUGAUUGUCCGAGGUGUUCCCGAGUCCCUGAGGGGAGAGCUGUGGAUGCUGUUUUCAGGAGCUGUAAACGACAUGGCCACUCACCCCGGCUACUACACCGAGCUGGUGGAGCAGUCUCUGGGCACCAGCACUUUGGCCACAGACGAGAUCGAAAGAGACCUACACCGCUCUCUCCCAGAACACCCGGCGUUUCAGAGYGACACGGGAAUCUCAGCUCUGCGCAGAGUCCUCACUGCGUACGCCUACCGAAACCCAAAAAUCGGAUACUGCCAGGCCAUGAACAUUCUCACCUCCGUCCUGCUGCUGUACGCCAAGGAGGAGGAGGCGUUCUGGCUGCUGGUGGCCGUCUGUGAGAGGAUGCUGCCGGACUAUUUCAACCGGCGAAUUAUCGGCGCUCUGGUGGACCAGGCGGUGUUCGAGGACCUGAUCAGAGAAAACCUCCCGCAGCUGGUGGAGCACAUGACGGAUCUGAGCUUCUUCUCGUCCGUGUCCCUGUCGUGGUUCCUCACGCUCUUCAUCAGCGUCCUGCCCAUCGAGAGCGCCGUCAACGUGGUCGACUGCUUCUUCUACGACGGCAUAAAAGCCAUCCUGCAGCUCGGCCUCGCCGUGCUGGAUUACAACAUGGAGGCCCUCAUCGCCUGCAACGACGACGCAGAAGCGGUCACCAUCCUCAACAGGUUCUUCGAUAGCGUGACGAACAAAGACAGCCCGUUGCCCCCAACGGUGCAGCAGGCUUCAGUGGGCAACAACGACAAAGCGUCUCACGUCAGUGUGGAUAUCAGCGAGCUGAUCCGAGAAGCCUAYGAGAAAUACGGACAUUUCCGAUCAGAGGAAGUUGAGAGUUCACGGAAGAGGAACAAGCUGCAUGUGAUCCAGACGCUGGAGGACACAACCAAGCAAAACGUGAUCCGAGUCGUGUCCCAAGAUGUCCGAUUUACAUCUUCGCAGCUUGAUGAGCUUUAUAACUUGUUCAAAAGGCAGCAUUUCCUCAGCUGCUACUGGACGAUGAAGAGUCCAGCUCUGCUCCACCAUGACCCCAGCCUGGCCUACCUGGAGCAGUACCAGCUGGGAUUCCAGCAGUUCAGCGAGCUCUUCUCCCUGCUGGAGCCCUGGGUCUUCUGCGCCUCCAAGAGCACGCUCUCCCUCUGGGUCUUCCGCCUCAUCGACGAGAACCAGGACGGCCUCGUCAACUUUAAGGAGUUCUGCUACGCUCUCGAUACCUUAUACGGAGCAUCUUUCACAAAUAAGCUGAAGUUCCUCUUCAAGCUCCACCUGCCGCCAGCGCUCUCACAGACUGUCUCUUUAGCUUUCACAGGUAGUCCUUUGCACUUAAAGGAACAAAGAGUCCAGCAAUUUCUUCCAACAAUUGAAGACUCCUCUCACUUGACCAGACUCGCUGCCUUUGAUCUUCCCGAAGACGGUGUCGUAAGAAAAAGUCCUGAAAGAGGUAGGGUUACUUCUAUAUUUGCAGCUCUAUCUUCGGGUUUCUUAUGCAGACUGAAAAAGUCUGGGGUUUUAUUUUCAAACAGCGGAUGGAGAAAAAAUGUUUCCUAUYUCUGUUCCCUAUUUCAUAGUCUAAAAGUUGUGCUUCCGUCCUUCCUUUUCUGUCCUUCCUUUAUCUUCUUUCCUUUCUCCUUUCUUUCUCUUUUCUUCCUUUCUCACAGCAGCCAGGAGGGGGCGGCGGAGCAGCCGGACCCGGAUUGGUCGUUUUCCUUUGAGCAGGUUCUGGCCUCGCUGCUCAACGAGCCGGCCAUCGUCGGCUUCUUUGAGCGGCACGUUCACAUUCAGACGAAACUGGGACAAGCCAGGGUUGCGCAGCUCAAACUGAAGGCCAAUAAGUAAAAAAAAAAAAGGACGCAUAAGGGAAUCAUUACUGUGUUUCUGACUCACACUACAGGUUUUAUUUCCUUUCUCCAGAUUGGAAUGUGGAUUUUGACGCUAAAGCGGGUUUAAAAUUCUGCGCACGUUUCGCUGAUGAUCCACARCGAYGGGAUCCGAAAGACACUACAGGAGCUUCACUGACCAACACACCUGGUGUGUUUUUAAUUUAACCUAAUCUCAUUAUGCAUUUCAUCCUUGUUCUCUCAUGUAGCUGCACUUUCACAAGUCAGAUUUAAGAAACUGAGUCAAACGUGAUAAAUACCUGACAAGUCUGUAACAUCCAUAGGCUAGGAAUCUGUUUCUGAAUGUUUAAAUGUAUAUCAGAUUAGUAUGCACUACUUAGAAUGAAACAACAGUGUCUGAUAGUUUGUCCUUUGACUUGUUAGAUUUGCUCAGAACUUCGGCUUAAUGUAAGAAACACCAGCUUAGUUACUAGUGGAGUAGAGCAGUAGUGGGUAGAGGACACAUUGUGCUGCUGUUCCUGGAAGCCAUAAACUGAUCAGAGUUUAUCUGACUGGAAAUGACACAUUCUGA